UUCAAAGCCCCACUAUUGGCUUUUAUUGUCAACUUUGUCUUUGUGGGUUUUUAUUCUCAAGAGACUCGCCCCUCUCUCUCUCUCUCUCCCAGUCCCGGCAAUCCAGCACGCGAUUACAACAACUAGGUUCAACCCUUUUUGUUUUUCAUUUGAAAAACAAUACCCAGAAGCUAAAUUUUGCAAUUUUGCAAUUUUGCAAUCCAUUUGCUCUACUGAAUCUUCUCCAGUCUUUCAGGAUUUGGAGAAUCAGACAAGUUCUUUUUUUAUUAAUCCUAAGAGGCCAAUAAACAAAUUCCUUUAAGGUAGCUAUAUUGCUCUCUUUCUCUCUCUCCCACGGAGGAUUGAGAGAAGCAAAGCAUCUUCUUUUGCGUGAUCACCAUUUCACUUUGGAAGCAUUUCUUAACAGGAUCCUCAAAGCAUACUUGGCAGCCUGUCAUGACUGCCGAUACAACCACUUUAAGUUACUGGUUGAACUGGAGGUUCUCCAUCUGUGCAGUAUUUAUCUUACUUGCUAUGAUAUUUGCGGCAAUUCUAAUAUGGAAGUAUGAAGGAUCAAGGAAAUCAAAAUCUGAGAGGAGAGAAAAUCAGCAAGAAAGUGCGGGAUUUUUAUAUGAGGAUGAAGCUUGGAAGACAUGUCUAAAAGGACUUCAUCCUGCUUGGUUGCUUGGGUUUAGGAUAAUUGCUUUCAUUAUCAUGUUCUCACUGAUCACAGCAAACGCUGUUGUUGAUGGAGUUGGCAUUUUUUACUUCUACACUCAGUGGACUUUUACUUUGGUCACAAUCUAUUUUGCGCUUGGAUCUUCAUUAUCCAUUUAUGGGUGUUGCAAACAUCGCCAUGGACUCAAUGGUGAUCACUAUACAGCUCCCGCACUUGGGGAAACUGCAGAUACAUUUGACUUGCCCAAAAGUCUAGAUAUGAAUGGAGAACCUCGAGGUCGCCUAACUGCUGGUCGAUGGGGCUAUGUUUUUCAAAUUAUUUUUCAGACUUCUGCAGGUGCCGUGGUGCUCACUGAUACUGUAUUCUGGUUUAUUCUUUAUCCAUUUGUAAUGUCCAAAUAUUAUACUCUCGAUUUUCUGAAUGCUUGCAUGCACUCUGUCAAUGCUGUCUUACUCGUUGGGGACACAUUUUUGAAUAGUUUGCGGUUUCCCACCUUUCGGAUUGCAUAUUUUAUUUUGUGGACAUGUAUAUUUGUCAUCUUUCAGUGGAUCAUCCAUGCAUGUGUUUCGAUGUGGUGGCCAUAUCCAUUUCUUGACUUGUCAUCCCCAUAUGCUCCCUUAUGGUACAUAGGAGUUGGGAUUAUGCAUAUCCUUUGCUAUGGCAUAUUUGCUUUGAUAAUUAAGCUAAAGCAUUCUUGGUUGUCGAGAUCAUAUCCCGAGUCCUAUCAGGGUUUUAGUUGAGAAAAGGAAUUGCACUUGUUUUGGGCUAGUAAUUGGGUUCCUUUCCUGCAUUAGCUUCGUUGGUUGAUGAAGACAGUCAUUGUUUUUAAGGGAGGAGCAGCUGUGGAGUAAAGAUGAUCCACGAGUAAAGCUGAAGAAAAUGUCUUGUACUUGUUAUGAAAUAUUGAAUAUAAGGUUAUUUCGUCUUGUAAGUUCAUCCAGUGGAGCUUGUAAGUCUUUGCAGUCAAGAUGUAAAGAUUGUGAUCAUCUUGUACCUUGCAUUUGUUGUUUUUAUCACCCCUAGAAGAGUGAUAUUUACUAAAUACAUGUGCUUGGAUGAUUCAAUCUGGAAUUGGCAGGGCGACCCGCCAAUCAUGUACCUUCGCUUCUUUUCUAAUAUCAUCACAACUUGCUGUUUUCCCUUUGGAUGAAGGGUAUAA